UAGUGUGUCCAAAAUGAUCAAGCAGUUGGUACCAAAUGACGAUUACAUUGAUUUUGGAACAUGCUUCAUACAAUACAACUAUGUCAAAACGUGUGAGAUCAUCAAUGAUUCAGAUGUAAUGGGAACAUUUGCCAUUGACUUGCAAGACCCACAAACCCAGAUCCUUGCCAAACUUACAGCAAAGGAUGUUGAAAAUGUUGUUGUGCCCGGAAAAUCGUCCACCUCAAUUGAAUUCAUGCUUGCCACACGUGUUCUGGGUGAAAUCUCAUUUGCGACCACAAUUAUUUGUAAUCCGGGCAGUGGAAUUUAUGAACAAAGAAUUCCUAUCCGCAUUGAAGCUUUAUCCAUAGGUCCAAUAUUGAAAUUGGAGCAGAGUGGAUGGGAUGCUCCAUCAAGAUUGAUCCCAGGCCGAGAUUGCAUUGAGGAUGACCAAAAAUGGCCACUGACUUUGGACUUUGGCCGCAUUCCUGUGCUUGAAAAUCAUACACAAAGCUUUGUCAUUAGAAACAUGUGUUGUAUCCCCGCUUCCUUCAAUUUAGAAAACAAAGUUUACAUUUUCAAAUUGGAUACUUUGAAAGCCACAAUUGCACCAUUUGACUCUCUAGAAGUCAGAGUAAGUUUCAAACCAUGGCAUUGUAACAAUAUUACAAAUGUGUCCAUAAAUCUGAACAAUCAUUCAAAUAUAUAUAUAUAUAUAUAUAUAUAA